AACUUCCUCUGUGGAUUAAGCACAAAACUGAUCAUAUGCUUGAGUUGAAGUUUGAUUCUUGCUGUACAACUAGAUCUUCAAAUGGGGUUUUCACCAAAUUGAUCUUUCUGAUGGGGUUGCUUGUACGUCUAAUUGGCUCAUCUUUUCUGAUAUUUCCACAGUAGGAAAUUGGUUUUGCUUUUCUUGUUUUAAAAUCAGUGGGGAUUGGUUCGUUGGGCACAAUGGCUUAUCAGUCACACCAUGGUUUUUGUAGUCCUAUUGCUCUGAGAAUGGUCUUGCUUCUGGUGGGUGUUUGUCUGGUUUGUUACAUCUUGGGACCUCCAUUGUAUUGGCGCUUGAUGGGGGAUUUUGCUGCUUCUCGAGCUUCAUGUGCUCAAUGCACCUGUGACUGCCCCUUGGAGCCCAUCUUCUCUUUACCUACCGACUGUGGUAAACAUGAUCCUGAAAUGAAUGAAGAAAUGGAGAAGGACAACAUAGAUUUACUGUCCGAGGAACUAAAUUUACUGAGAAACGUAUCUCAUGAUAACAUAGAACACACCAAAGCAUCCAUACUAGAAGCAAGGAAGACAUCUUCUCAAUACCAAAAGGAAGCAGAGAAGUGCAAUACAGGAAUGGAAACAUGUGAAGAAGCAAGAGAGAAGGCUGAAGCAGCGCUAAUAGCUGAGCGUAAGCUAUCAGAAUUGUGGGAGAGACGAGCUCAUGAACAUGGGUGGAAGGAACAGAGAAGAUCAUACUUGUAAACUUGGGGGGAAGGAUACGAGAGGAAGUGCA